GGGCAGAAUCCAGCAAGUGAGACAGGAGGAUGGAGCUGGAAGGAUGAGGAUGAGGCUGAGGCUGGAGAUCCCGAGGGCAGAAUCCAGCAAGUGAGACAGGAGGAUGGAGCUGGAAGGAUGAGGAUGAGGAUCUGGACAUGGCCAGGGAGUCCAAGCUGAGCCGGACCAGGCUGGGCCAGAAGCGGCAGCACAGCAGCAGCCUGUACCACAGUAACUGUGACCUGGACUGUGAUCUCUACAGGGAUGAAUUCCCAUACCGGGUAUACGAGUACCAGCAGAUCCCCCCACUCAUUAACCGCAUCCCAGUCAAGACCAGACGGACUCACUUGGGAGCAGGCAGCAAGAACAGCCUGAGUCCCCAGCGUAGGACGAGGAGCAGAACCAGCUCCACAACGGGACGGACAAAGUUGCAAGCUGAAGAGCUGCACUCCAUCAAGGGGGAGCUGAGCCAGAUCAAGGCACAGGUGGACAGUCUGCUGGAGAGCCUGGACCGCAUGGGCCAGCGGAGAGAGCGUCUCACGGGGUCCAAGGAGAGCGAGAAGAAGAGGACAGAGCCAGGGACAGAGUCACCAUCCCCAGUGGGAGAGGGGUCACAGGGGUCACAAGGGAAGGAGGGGACAGGGGCUGAUGGGGACAGUGACCUGCGUGACAUCGACAGUGCAGAGGAGAGCACAGACACAGAGGAGACGGUGAAAACCCACAUGUCAGAACCCAAGAGGAGCCAGUAGCCAGACUGGGUGCCGUGGCCUUCCCGUGAGCCCAGCCCUUCCCAGCUUGUGUUCUUUAUUUCUUUUGAAGCUUCCAGGUAGUGCCACACUUGACAUGAGGCGCCCACCCUUGGCAUGACUAUCCCCUGCCACUGGCAGCCCUGUGUCCCACCCUGGGAGUUGCCAGCCAGCUCUGGCAAGAGAAAUUUUUGUGUUCCAGUGCUCUUGUUUUCUUUUUUCAGAUCUAUGGAUAAGCAGAGGUGGCCUGGGGAGGGAAGGGAGCAGUAAAAAAAUAGAAAGGACCAUAUCCCAAAGUAGCAUCUCAAAUGCCAUCUGCCUUGCUGCCCGUAUCACCUCCCCCAAAGGAUGCUGUGGAGAGAGAAUGCAGCCCAGGGAUCCCAGCCCUAUGGCACAAGUGGCAUCCCAACCUUCAGACCCUGGGAAUUGGUGCAGCAGGCAUGGGUACAGCCUAGGAUGGCUUUCAGAGCUGCCCAGCAUCCCAUCAUCGGAAGAAGGAACCAGGCUAAACCAGUUUUAGGAAGCUUUUGUGGUAUUUUGGGAUGGUGCCAAGCCUAGCUCUGAUGUCACACAAAGGACCAGCAGCAGGGCCAUGCCAACCCAGUCACUCUCAUUUGCCUCAGCUCCCAAAUGUGUUUUCCUUACUGUUUUCCCACAGGCUGUUCUCAGCCAGGCAUUGCAUCUGCAGCCAGCAGGACUCAGAGAGCCCCUGGCCUGCACACCCAGAGUCCUGGUCCCCCCUGUGCUCCCCAGUGUCACAUUUCAGUUCCGUGUCCCUCAUUUCUCGGUUGUCCUUCUCUCACUGGUAGGAACUAGCUCUGUAUUUCUAAUUUGCUCUGGUAAAAGAGUGUAUUGUGUUGGAAAUAAAAAAUAUUUGUAUUUCUUUUCUCUGGUUA